GCUCGAAGUGCUUAUGAGCAGCGGUUGGGCGCGACCGUUUUGAGCCGCGGAGUCGCCGAAGUCCUCGCCAUGGGCGAUGAGGAAGGAGCCAACGGCGAUGAGGUGAAGGCGAGCGAGAACGCCGAGGUCGUAGAGGACGACGCUCCGAAAGAGGAGCAGAAGCCCAAGCGCCAGAGGCGGAACCGAUGGGGUCAGGAGCCGGACCUGCCCGUGCCCAGCGCGGACGACUUAGCGCUGGCGCCUUUGGUAGGCGUCGACAGCAUGGCUCUAGGCCUACUGCCGCAGCCGGGCUCGGGCUUCGGGCCGGGCCCCGGUGCAAACCUGGACCUCUCUGCGGCAGCGCAGGCUGCGAGAGAAGCUCUCGAGAAGGCCAAGCGUGCCGCCAUGUUCCAGCGCCAGAUCCAAGAGCAGAUGGCGAAGAUUAAGGGCCAAGGCCUUGGAGGAGGCUUCAUGGCCGGCGAAGCGCCCAAGGCGAGGAAGCUGAUCCUGGACGAGUUCGGGCGCGAGCUGGACGAGGACGGCCAGGUGGUGCCCAUGAAGCCCCAGGUGGUCAGCACCUUGAAGGUCAACAUCAACCGAGAGAAGGAGGCGAGGCUAAAGAAGAUCCUCGGUCUCAAGAAGGAGGGAUUGGGCGACAGCGGCUACUUCGACGCCACGCUGAAGACCAAGGACAGAUUCGACCGCCAGAAGCGCCGGAGCUUUAGGUUCAUCGAAGAAGGCGAGUUGGUGAAGAAGGAGCAGAAGAUGAUCAAGAAAGUCCAAGAGAAGGCUCUUGGAAUUGACAAGAAGGAUGACAAGAAGAAGAAGGAGGAGGAGCAGCAAAAGAAGCAGGAGAAAAAGCAGGAGGAGGAGGAGAAGGAACAGCCAGUGAAGAAGAUCGAGCCGAAGGUGCUGAGGCGGGAGCCCAUCCCGGAGGUGGAGUGGUGGGACAUUCCCUUCUUGAAGGAGGAUCAGUACGGACAGAAGAAGGCGUACACCGAGGUGAGCGUCGAGAAGAUCACGCCCUAUGUGGAGCACCCCAUUCCAAUCAAGAUCACCACGGAGAAGGAGGCGCCGGAGGCCGCCAUGAUGCACCUCACUCCCAAGGAGCGGAAGAAGCUGAGACGGCUGAAGCGUCAGGAGAGGACCCAGGAGAUCCGAGACAAGAUCAAGAUGGGUAUCUUGCAGCCACCACCUCCCAAGGUGAAGAUGGCGAACUUGAUGCGCGUGCUCGGGGACGAGGCGAUUGCGGACCCCUCCACGGUGGAGCGCAAAGUGAGGCAGCAAGUGGAGCAGCGGAGGAAGGAGCACGAGCAGCGGAACGAGGCACGAAGAUUGCCGGCAGAAGAGCGAAAGCAAAAGAAGAAGCAGAAGUGGAUGGCAGAGGGGGAGCCGGUGGUGCAGGUCCUGGUCUUUAAGAUCAAGGACUUGGCGAACAAGAAGCACCUCUUCAAGAUCGACAUGAAUGCCCAGCAGUUCCACCUCACCGGGUGCUGCGUCGCCUGCCCCGGCGUGGCCAAUAUCGUAGUGGUGGAAGGCGGCCCCCGGGCCAUCAAGAGGUAUAAGAAGCUGAUGACGAGGCGCAUCAAGUGGACUGAAGAGCAGGCAGAUGAGGACGACGAGGAUGAGGACCAGGACGAGGCAGCACCCAGGAUCCAGGACCACUGCGUGCUGAUUUGGGAGGGCGUGGUGAAGCAGCGGAGCUUCAAGAAUUGGAAGGUGACGCACGUGCGGAACGAGCCAGAAGCCAGAAAGCUUCUGAACGACCGUCAGGCUGAGCACUACUGGGACAUGCUGGCCCGAUACCGUGACCCGCGCAUGGAUAUCUGAGGUGGAGCGACAUGCACCGCCUUGCGAGAGCGAAAGAGUGCGACAGGAAACGCCAAGUCAAGAGGGCUUCCUGCCAAGCAAACA